AAAAAAAGAAAAAAAAAGAAAGCAUAGUGAAUAGAGCCAGCCAGCACUGGGAGGAAGUGCAAGCAUAUUUCAGUACUGCAGUGUGACACAUGCAUUCAAGGGGCCAAGAUUUAUCUGCAUGGCUUCAACAAUGACUUUUACAGCAUUUGAGUUGACACCUGAAGAACUUAAUAACUUGACCUAUGACUACUGCAACUUCACCGAUGACUACUGCAACUGCACCGAUGACUACUGCAACUUCGAUGACCAGUGUGAUGAUGUGGUCCUGCAGAGUUUUUAUGGCCAGUUCCUGCCUGUGCUGUACACUGUGAUUUUUCUCCUGGGUGUGGCAGGGAAUGGCCUGAUGAUAACAGUCCUGGUGACACGAUGGCGCCAGCUCCGCAUCACAGAGAUCUACCUACUGCAUCUUGCCCUGGCUGAUCUCAUGCUUUUGUUUACAAUUCCCUUCGAUGUAGCCGACAGCGCCACCGGCUGGAUUUUUGGAGAUUUUAUGUGCAAACUGAAUGAGUUCUUGAAGAAUCUGAACCUCUUUUGUGGCAGCGUCCUUUUAGCUUGCAUUGGAUUUGAUCGGUAUUUGGCAAUUGUUCAUGCAAUUCCCAGUAUGCAAAGUCGCCUUCCAAGAACAGUGCACCUAACUUGUAUGAUAAUGUGGCUCAUCUGUUUGUUUUUGGCAUUACCGAAUGCCGUAUUUGCCUCAGUGACACAGAAAAAUUCAACGACAGGCAUACCUUUCCUGGCCUGUUACCACUACAGUCAUGGUGCACACGCAAGCAACUGGGUUUUGGCCAACAGUGUCUUUCAUCAUUUGUGUUUUUUCUCAUCUCUGGUUAUCAUGAGCUACUGCUACACAGCACUAGUAAUUACUCUGUGCAACAGCCAGAAAAGUGAAGCAAAAAAAGGAGCCAUUCGAAUAUCACUGCUUGUCACACUUGUGUUUUGCUUCUGUUGGCUGCCAUAUAAUGUCAGUUUGAUCAUAUAUACCCUGCAACAACAGAAUGUGAUCGUGGAUUACAACUGUAAAUCAAGAGAAAUAAUGCUGCAAGUGCUUGAAGUGACAAAGAGCCUGGGUAUCUUGCACUGUUGCCUGAACCCUUUCUUGUAUGCAUUUGUUGGAGUGCGCUUUCGCAAUGAGAUGAUACAUGUGCUUUGUAAACUGGGCUGCAGACGAAUCUGCCUGCCUUUCCUCAGAGUCCAUGGCCACAGUCGGGUAUCAAUUUCUGAUGGAGCAACCACCAACAGCACAGUGCUCAUGUAAUAAAGUCCUCUAGUCCAUGUGUACAUGCCCUGAAAAUACCCCUCCUCUGUACAGUGAUCUUGUAAUACAAUACUCAUUUCUACUUUUACUGUAUUUUGUUUUUUUGUUUUUUUAUUGUCCAGUCAAAAAAAAAAAAAAAAAGUUGUAAAGCUGGCCAAAUAUCAGCCUUGUGUUGUUUUGUAGCUACU